GAAAAAUGGCUACUACCCUGAACUGCCUGAAGAACAUGGAGCAUUUGCUGAUAUGUAAGGAUUGUACUGAUUCGGUGAACAGAUGUCAGGAUAGGAUUGAGUUAACAAAGCUCAAGAUGAAAAGGGUAAGAAGAUUAAGAAGUACAAGUUCAACUCCAAUACUUGUUAGAACUGGAGAGAAAAUUAAAAGUACCACACCGUACUCAAAACCAAAACGAGAUCUUAUUGAUCUUAUUGACGAGGAGGAAACGAUAAAAGAACUGCAAGAGCUCUUAGACAGCUCUCCAACAAAAAGUGCAGCCAGCACAGACAGUUCAGAAUAUGCUGAAAUUAUUCACAAUAAAUUUUUUGCCUCAUCGCCCUAAAUAAAUUAUACACAUUAAUAUCUCCAAAUUCAUUAUCUAGGACGUGUAAGGUUAGGUUUUAUUCAAAUUUGGAUGUUACAGCCUUUUCCACACUCAAUAAAUCUGUCGGAACUCCGAAUUUAUCUUAUUGCAAUCACUUGCUAUAUAUCAGUUAUCUGCACUUAUCGGCACCGGGCUGUUAUAUUAUAUGUUUUAAGCGGUCUCGCUCUAUUCUGUACUUGCCGAACUUUUGUUUAUUUAAGGCACAGCCAUAUAAUAAGAGUGAGUUUCCGGGAGCACACGACAGUUAAUAAAACAGCAGACGACAUGGCGCCAAUUUGGGAAGGACCAACUCCAUUUUAACGGAUCAUACAUCUUACAUGAUUAUACAAUGUACAUCUUAAUAUGUACAAUGUACAUCUUAAACGUAGUUAUUGGCUUUUAGAUUUGGUCCAUUACAUAACGGAUAAUAAUUUUAAGUCAUGUUGCCAGUUAUGAUAAUCCAGGAUUACUGCACUGUACUGGUUAAUGAAGGGAAUAAAUGCCCUUCUUCCUGAACAUUUUAAAAGCUUGCUCAAGGUAAUUUAUGUAGUUGAAGCGGAUACCGCUCGAACUACCGUUAUUUAAUGCACUGAACGGAUUCAAAAUCUUAAAUACGUCCUCCGAGGUCGCAUUUCACAGGACAAAAAAUGCCUACCCAUUUCAUUUGAAUAUUAUAAGUUACUUGAAUAUUAAUAAGUUAUUUGAAUAU